CCACUCUUGCACCACACAUUACGCGUCAACGGAUUCUUGCGCGAUUGAGUUUCACAGGCCCCUUGUAGCAUAUCCUUCCUAUUCUAGAAGGUCGCACGCUUCCCCAAGAUUCUAGCAAUCGGGCCAUGCAAAAGCCAAGGCGGCCAAGCUUCACACAGGGCAGCUGUCCCUGAUUCCCCAACCUCCAUUGACGCGAUUUACAUUGUCACGAUCGGAUUGUUUUGUUUCAUAACCAUCACAUACUACAUAUACUCAAUGUUCUUUGAACGACACAUCUACUAACGCGUGUUUCAAUUGCUGUUGUUCAGGUCAGGCACGAAAUAAAAAGUUAUCUGAUCUCUACUCUCCCGCAUGGCACGCCACUUUCCAGGUACCCGACAGCACCCUGUCGUGCCCCGCAUCCAAGACUCUCCCCACUUGGCAGACUCAUAAAAUGUCAUUAAUCAGGAAGGUCAUGUUGGUCACAUUGAAUGGCCUCGAUAAGAAAAGUAUCUCGUAAUUGAGAUCAGCCGGCUUGAUGCAGCGGUUAAUGGGCAGCUUCAGAGCUAUAAAGCUCACUCGAGCUGCCAACAAUGGCUGGGACCGUCGCUCUCGGUUUUCUGACCGGUAGCCCACUACAGUGCUGUCCCCCACUGUUCCUACGAGAAUAUUGAAAUAACUGCAAAAUGCGGUCUCUCAGUAUCAUCAGCACGGCAGUGAGUCUUCUGCUAGCUGGCACUGCCAAUGCUCUUCCGCCACAUGCUCGCACAACUCCCGCCAAGAAAGUCGUUUCUUUCGAAGACGUCUUCAGUGGAAACUUUACGGUUGAGCGGACGAGCUUGCAAUGGACUUCUCAGGGUGAAGAUGGUACUUACGUCGACACAACCUCGACCGGCGACUUGGUCCUGGCGAAUAUCGUAACUGGGAACAGUUCAACAUUCGUCACUGCUAGCGAGCUCGGAGCAGCUGUUCAAGAUUAUUACGAUUAUUCGAUUCAACCCAGCGGCGACCAUGUUCUGUUCAUUGCAAACUACACCGAGUUAUACCGAUAUACCUUCACCGCGGACUACUACAUUUACAAUGUGAAAGACAAGACCACAGUACCACUGGUUCCUGAUCAAGCUGGAGACAUUCAGUACGCCGGCUGGUCUUCAGUUGGAAAUACCAUCGCCUAUGCCAGAGGAAACAACUUGUACAUCUGGCAAAAUGGCACAUCGACUCAGAUCACCAAGGAUGGAGGACCCGAUGUCUUCAAUGCCAUCCCAGACUGGGUAUACGAGGAAGAAAUCUACGGAACGACUUCUCUCUUGUGGUUCUCACCAGACGGAAAGCAACUCGCCUAUUUGAGUAUUGAUGAGACAGGAGUCCCCACGUACCAAGUGCCUUACUAUAUGGACGGAGACACCGCUGGAGUCUACCCAGAUUACCUCCAACUCCGUUACCCAAAAGUCGGCGAGACGAACCCAACCGUGAAGUUCAACCUACUCAACAUCGAAGACCUAGCCGCCGGUCCCACAACCAUCGAGUUCGAUUCCUUCGCACCCGAAGAUCUCAUCAUCGGCGAGGUAGCAUGGGUGACCGACGAUUCGUCCCACGUGAUCUUCAGAUCCUUCAACAGAGUCCAAGACCAAGAGAAGCUCAUCCUCGUUGACACCGCCACGAAAUCCAGUUCCGUCGUUCGCGAGCGCAAGACAGACCCAGGAUGGAUCGAGAACAACCUGGCUAUCUCCUACAUCCCAGGAACGAACACCUACGUCGAUCUUUCCGACGAGUCAGGAUGGCAGCACAUCUACCUAUACCCUGUAAACGGCUCAACACCUUUGGCCAUCACGAAGGGAGAGUGGGAAGUUGCUAGCAUCCUGUACAUCGACUCUGCUACCAAGACGCUAUACUAUACCUCCACUGAGCGUAACUCCAUGGAAAGACAUCUCUACUCCGUCGGCCUGGACGGCCAAAACAAGAAAUCACUUGUUGACGACAGCAGCCCUGGGGUGUGGACCGCGUCAUUUUCUGCUGGAGGUGGAUACUAUAUCCUCUCUUACAACGGGCCCGAACUCCCUUACCAGAAGCUCUACUCCACCAAAUCGCCUAGCACAGCCCUCCAAACUAUAAACGACAACGCGGUCCUCGCAGAGAAACUCGCAAGUUACACUCUGCCUAAGGUAUCAUGGUUCGAGAUGGAAGGCCCAGAUGGAUUUACAUUUAAUGUAAUGGAGCGCCUGCCACCGAACUUCGACCCCAAGAAAAAAUACCCUGUCAUUUUCGACCCGUAUGGAGGUCCCAACGACCAGAGGACGACAAAGAACUUCAAACAGGUUGAUUUCCGUGCGUAUUUGGCGAGUGACCCGGAGCUGGAGUAUAUCGUACUCGUGGUCGACAAUCGCGGGACUGGGUUCAAGGGUCGUGCCUUCAGAGAUGUCGUCUCUGGACAACUUGGAACGCUCGAAGCCAUCGAUCAAGUCUACGCAGCAAAGGAAUACGGCAAGAGAAGCUACGUCGACGCAUCCAAGAUUACUAUUUUCGGAUGGUCAUACGGUGGCUACCUAGUCGGUAAAGUCCUCGAACUCGACAGCGACGCUUUCUCCUUCGGCAUCUUGACAGCUCCGGUAUCCGACUGGAGAUUCUACGACAGCAUGUACACUGAGAGAUACAUGAAGCUCCUCUCCACCAACGAGGCGGGCUACAACAAGACUGCGAUCCGCAAUGCAGCCGGUUUCCAGAACGUGCGAGGGGGGUUCUUGAUUCAGCACGGAACUGGCGACGACAAUGUGCAUUUCCAGAACUCGGCUGUGCUGGUUGACACUUUGACUGUUGCGAAGGUCAGCCCUAAGAAGUUCCAUGUUCAGUGGUUCACGGACAGUGAUCAUAGUAUCAACUUCCACGGUGCCACGACCUUGAUCUACAAGCAGAUGGCAAGGUAUUUCUGGUUGGAGAAGAACAGAAAGGAUGAGAAGCCUCACCAGUUUGAUAAGAAGUAAUUAUUCAUAAAUUAAACUCAAUUGAACAAGCAACUUUGAAUAUUGAUGGGCCAAAAACCGAGUGCUGGAUAUAGGCUCUAAUGUAUAUGUGAAAUGCUUGACUUACGGUUAACGUGCCUUCUAGGUGAGCAGGAGAGUGGCUUCAGGCUAUACCAUUCCCUUGGGAGCAGCAUAAGCACAUCUCUCAAGAUUUGCUCAUAAGCAAGGAAAUACUGGCUUUCUGCUCCACCUGUGCAUCCUGUGGUUGAUGGCUGUGAGGAACAUUGUUUCUUGAAAGCGUCUCUCCAGAACUGUCUGUACCUGACCCUACGAGUGUUCACUCCUAGCCAGUUGACAACCUGCAAAAGCACGAAGAUUUGACAGGCACAUCUGCAAUAGCGGCAGCCACCUUCAGUUGCUGCUGUAUGAUGCGCGCCUCUGCUGUUCGACCCAGCUUGACUAAACACUCAUGAUACCCGUGUAGAGCCCAAACAUUAUUUGGAUGCUGCAACGCUCUUGGAAGAGUAUCAUCCAUACCAAGGUCAGCACUGUAAACUGCUAACGCCUUUUCAACAUAGCCUUGCUCAAGCAAAAGUGCACCAUACGCAUGCCGAGUUGGCUGCAUCCAACCCCAAGGUUCAUCAUAGGGCAGCUGGUCAUCAAGAACAAUAGACUUUUGUAAAUGUGCGAAAGCUGCAUCCAAGUUGCCACGACGGUACUCGAGCUCUCCAUCCAGCAUUUCCCUGGCAAUGGCGAGAAUAUCCACACAGGUGUUAUUAAAAAGCAUACGGCUUUUGGUAACGCGCUUGACGGCAUCGACAAAGAGACUAUGCUCCUCCUCAGCUUCUCUAACCCUCCCAGUAGCAGCCAGGGCGACACCUUUGGCAUAAUGAAUCAUUGCCGUAGUCACGCAGUAGAGCUUUGGAUCUGGAGGAAGUUCCAUUUUCACAAUAUCUUCCCAGCAUCCAAAUCGUAUCAAAGCAUGCACUCGCAUGGAGAGAAAGCCCUCUAGCCAGUCUGCCAUUGGGGGAGAUUCAAUCCUCAACAGCUCUUCUGGCAGGGAAGCCUCCAAUUGUGAUAUUGUGUCUAUUGCAACCUUCGAUUGUCCUGCAAACAUCGCUGCGUAUAUCCGGAAGUGGUAGUUAUGUGACCGGUAAAGGGAAUAGAAAUUGAGGGCGCCUGCUCGCGCGAGGAACUUCUCAUCAGCUCGAAUGGCUUCGGAAUUAGAGGUAAUCGCUCGCCGAUAAUCACCGCAUAGAAUAUCCAGAUGUGUCGGCAUAUGGUUGAGAUGACCGGCAUCUGGUAUAAGCCCCCGCAGGUGGUCUGCAGCUGGCAGUGCGAUCUCUAGGGUAGUUGACAUCUCCAUGAGAUGAAUAUACAAGUGCAGAAGCCCUGGAUGCGCAUCACCUCCUUGCUGUGCCAGAGCCCGAUCAAGGACUGCCUUUGCUUCCAGGGUUUGAGCACCUUCUGCUGGUUGUCCAGUCCGUAUAUCCCACAAGGCCCAGGGCGUCAUAUUCAUUAGGGCAUCCGCGAAAAGAGCAGCGAUAUCCAAGUCCUCGGGGAAUGUCUUGUACACGCCUCUCAUAGCAUUUGCAUACUCCUUGUUCCAUGGCGUACACUCUUUCGCCUCUGCUGCCUCUUCUUGUGGAUAUCUGAACUGCAGGGCGUGUGCCAGAGCCUUUUCCUCAGGAGUUGUCGCGGUGGAACAAGCACGCUCCACAGCUCGAUGACCCCGCCUCAGGAUACUGUCAAGCUCCUGCUUGUCGAAGAAUUCCCACGGCUUGUUAUAAUUAGGGCCCAGGGAGUAUGCCAGUCCCCAAUGAGCCAUGGAGCACUCAGCAUCAUGGGCAAUGGCUUGUUCGAAGCAGCUAGCUGCCUCUUCGUGGUUGAAGGCAUAGCACCAGGUCAGGCCACGAGUAAACCAAGUUUGCGAAUCCUCACUGUGCGUGCGGAUGGGUCGUCGAAAGACCCCCAGGUUGUAGUAAUCCUCUUUCGACGAAAUCGCGGUAGGCCGUUCCAUUCUUUGGUCUGGGUCUGGAGAUGGUGGGGGCUAGGAUUCGAGGCCGUAGAGACAAGGGUUGAUGGAGGGCGACGAGCGCAAAUGAUCACCGCCAAGAAUCCGAGAUGAGCCACAGCCCGCACGUCCGUCUCGAUCAUUGCUUAAUGUCUCUCUUCUUUCAUACUACAUUUACCUCCUUCGUAAAGGUGGCUAAUAUGUAUUUGGCUCACUAAAUAUC